CGCGUGUUGUUAGCAAGCUCUCGAUGUCAACGAAGACUGUGGUUCGGCUCAAAUUGAGCACGUGGGUUAUUGAGAGUACGAUGUAGUGUUUCUUUACCUACGUGUACUACAUAUAAACUGUGGAACAUCGCUAGUAGCUAGUAUACAGAUAUAAAAAGCAAUUGUACAAAGUGCCUCGGUGAUGGCAGGUCGUGGCAGAGGACGAGGCAAAGCCUCUAUGUCCAUUAAUGUAGAACAAUUGGGCUUUGGAAGAGGAGAGGCACUCCCUGGUCCAGUUCUGCAACCACCGCCAAAAUAUCCUCCUUUGGAUUAUAAACCGAUUCCUUUUACUAUAACUGGCCAAAUGGAUUAUAUGCUUGAAAUAAAAAGAGACUAUGCAGAGUUUCUCAGAGACAAUCCUUGUUAUGUACAACCGAUAGUCAUCAAUAAGGACAUAGAACGUUACUCCGAUUGGUUCCAAGAUAUGAUCACAGAUAAGACGAAUUAUGAGGAAAGAUAUGACUGGAGUGUCUUACCGAUUGAAUUGAAACCUAGUGGUAAAAGGAAACUCAAACGGCAACAUAAUGAGAAAGCCAAAACUUUGGCUAAAAAAAAAACAAAAGAUAUGGAUGUUGAGUCUAGACUAAAGGAACUAGAGAAAAAAGAGAACAGCCAGCGGAGUGAUGCAGAGGAGGAUGAAAAAGAUGAAGAUAUUGAUAAUGAAGAUGAGGAGAAAGAGGCAGAUGAACGCCCAGAAGAGGAAGAAGAAGAAAUAGAUGAGGAAAUGGAUGAUGGAACUGAUUAUGUAAACAGCUAUUUUGACAAUGGCGAAGGUUUUGACGACGAAGAUGAUAAUUUGGAUGAUGGUCCAGUGUACUGAUACUGUAGAUUUGAAUCUUCCAACUCUAUUGAAUUUGGUAUGAUUUUUUCACAGCUCCAAUGUUUUCAAUCAGUUACAAACUGUACUGCAAGUGUUUCCUACCAAAUAAAAGCAUUCACACCAGUA